UGCAACAAGCACCAGAAACUUAAGAUUAAAAUUUAAAAGCUAUCAAUACUUUGAAUUGACUUUCACUAGAUAUGCAAAGUCACCCUUCAAGCACAGGAACAUCUAUUAUAUCAUUGCCAAUCAGUUGGGAACAUACUUUUUAAUUGAGGCUGAAAAAAGGCUGCCACAGUUGUCACGUCCCCUCGCAUAAUAUAUUCCACCAAAUGGAAGUUAAAAGUUGAAUUAUGUGUGUUGCAUGCAUGUAUGUAUGCAUCAGAAAAAAAUUUAGCUACUAGAAAGAAACUCUUUUUAUGAAAUUAUCUUUAAUGAGGAGUUACUUGUCCUUCUAAAGGUUUGAUUAACCCAAAGGAACAUCUUUAGCUUCUUUUAGAAAAUGAUUCCUGAAUCCCAAACACCAUUGCAACUUCCUGUUUUGGACAUUUCCCAACCAUUAAACUCAUCUACUCUAUCUUCUCUUGCUGCUGCCUGCAAAGAAUGGGGCUUCUUUCAUGUUACUAAUCAUGGAAUUUCCAAUGAUCUUUACACAAAAAUUCAUUGCCUCUCCAAACACCUCUUCAACCUCCCUUCUGAGAUCAAAGUAAAAGCAGGUCCUUCCUCAUCUCUGAAAACUUAUACUCCUCAUUUCAUAGCAUCUCCCUUCUUUGAAAGCCUUAAAGUAUCUGGACCGGACUUCUUUGACUCGGCUAAGGGUUCUUCAGAUACCCUUAAAGCUGAAAACAAUUCAGAAUUCAGUGAAAUACUGCAAGAUUAUGGAAGCAAAAUGACAGAGUUAGCAAAAGUCAUUCAGAAAACUGUAUUGAUGAGCUUGGGAGAAGAAGUUGGAAUGAAGUGUUAUAUAUCUGAAUUUGGUAAUUGCCAUGGUUACUUGAGGAUAAAUAACUACUCGCCCCCGGAUAGUUUAGAAAAGGAGGUUGAAGGUCUUGGUAUGCACACUGAUAUGAGCUGCAUAACAAUUGUCUAUCAAGAUGAAUUAGGUGGACUUCAAGUAAGAUCAAAGGAUGGGCAGUGGGUGGAUAUUAUGCCAUGUGAAGGAACUCUUGUGGUAAAUAUUGGUGACAUGCUACAAGCUUGGAGCAAUGACAAGCUAAGAUCCUCUGAACAUCGUGUCGUUUUGAAGAAGCCGAUUAAUCGCUUCUCGUUGGCUUUCUUUUGGUGUUUUGAGGAUGAGAAGGUGAUCUUAGCACCUGAUGAAGUAGUUGGUAAAGAAAAUUCAAGAAUCUACAAGCCAUUUGUUUGCUCUGACUAUUUAAAGUUUAGAGUGAACAAUGAAAAAGGUAAAUUUGAGAAAGUUGGUUUCACAGUUAAAGAUUUUGCUGGGAUUGGAUCUAAGUAAAAGUUAGAAGCAUGGUUGUCAUUCUUUUAGCAGUAAGAUUAUAAGCUUGUACAUCUCCUCAUGUUCCAUUAUUGCAACAUAGGUAUCUAGGAGUUCUGUUUGUGUGAAAGUUUGUCAUAUAAUAUUGUGGUUUGCUAUUUGAUGAUAUUGUUUGCAAGUUAUUUGUAAGUGUAUUCAUUGAAUGAUAGGAAGAUGUAUCAAGAAAGGCUUUGACCUGACUUAAUUAGCAACUGA